AUGGAGAACGAGGAGACCACGCUGGUCGGGCAGCGGGAAAGCCAGCCGGCCGUGGACCUCGGCGACCCGUUCAUCAACAGCGCCCUGGUGCACACGGCCAGCGCUUGUCUCAUCUUUGUCGUCGUGUUCAUCUUCGUCCUGCCGGGGAUAUUACUCACCACGCUGCGCCGAGAAAAGCCCUACCAGGUUGACAUGCGUCCUAAGACACGACUAAGCCGACAAGCCUACGAUGGACCGGACAGACCUUUGAUCAUGUGCAUGGUCAAUUCCACCAGUUUUCAGCGGCCCCCGCCUAUGACUUACACAUUGGAACAGGUGCCUUCGAACUUGUGCUCGCACGUCGUGUUCCCGCUGUCCGGCUCCGCCGACUGGUCCGAUGACAUGUUACACUACGACUACACGCACAAGAUCACCCAUCCGAACUUGUACCGCGAAAUGGUGCGGCUAAAGAAAGAGCGACCCGCGCUUAAGAUUCUCGUCAGCGUCGGCGAAUACGAGGUGAACAAUGGCCUGUUCCGCUACGCCGCUGAGUCGAUGCACGCGACGGUGCAGUUCUGCAGCGCUGUGCUUCGCUGGACGCUCGGCAACGGCUUCGACGGACUCGUCAUCCACCGAAUGUUCACGAGCGGCUCGCCCGGCGAAGACCGACGCGGCAUCAUCGUGCUGCUUCAGAAGUUGUGGGUGCACUUCGAGCGCCACGGCCUCACGCUCAUCGUGGUGUUCGAGCCGGAGACGGACGUCUUCAACCAGCCGCUGCUGGGGGGCAAGAUCUGCUCGUACGUCGACUACGCGGUCGUCGUGGCGCACGGCUUCCGCAGCGAAGUGUUUGCAGACUUUCCCAGCCCGAUGCGGAGCCGGUCGGCCCUGAACGUGACGACGGACUUCGACACCGCCGUGCAGCGCGCGCUGGCCAGCGGCGUCCCCGUGCACAAGCUCAUCGUGAGCGUCUCUCUAGACGGGGCUUCGUACACGCUCGACGAGAAGGCGGAUCACAAGCCGGGCUCCGUGCUACUCGCGGGCCGAUCUGAAGGAAUCCCGGGUCUCUUCACGCGUUGUCCGGGAGUGCUCAGCUACUUCGAGAUCUGCAGGCGGCUCGUGUUCGAGAACUGGACGCGCGCGUGGGACGACGUCGCCGAGUGCCCGUACGCGUACUCGGACGACCAGUGGGUCGCCUACGAGGACCAGCAAAGCUUGAUGGCCAAGGCGGAGUACGUGCGCAACCGGUCCUUAGCGGGCAUGAUGGUCUGGGACGUGUCCAGCGACGACUACCGGGGGGACUGCGGCUCGCCGAACGUUCUCGUGCAGACCAUUUACCAGAACUUCCAGACUGUGUUUAAACUCGACUAACGGCGCCAGCUCACCCUCUACUCGUGUAUCACCGUCAUCUUUCGUCGCAUUCAGACCUCCGA